AUGUCUGGCCGUGGAAAGAAGGCUACACCCAAGCCUAAAUCUGCUGUGUCCAAAUCUUCCAGAGCAGAGCUUACGUUCCCUGUCGGCCGCAUCCAUAGGCUGCUCAGGAGAGGCAAUUAUUCAGAGAGAGUUGGCACUGGUGCUGCAGUUUACCUCGCAGCUGUCCUGGAGUACCUUUGUGCUGAAAUCCUGGAACUGGCAGGAAAUGCCAGCCGAGACAACAAGAAGCUACGAAUUGCUCCUCGUCACAUCCUUUUGGCCGUGAGGAAUGAUGAAGAGCUUAACAAGCUGCUGUCAGGGGUCACGUUCUCAGAGGGUGGUGUUAUUCCAAAUAUUCAGGCCAUCCUACUCCCCAAGAAGACAAAGAUGUCCAGAGAUGACAGCACUGCCAAAGAUGUUCAGUCUCAGGAGUUCUAG